ACGAAGCCAUGGAACCGCCGGCGCGCCAUACGAACGACGACGGGUCGCGCACUACGAGUAGGGCGCUGGUCGGCUCCGAAACCCCGAAGAGAAGGAAGAAGAAGAAGAUCGUGGAAGAAAGUGGAGGUGGACCCACUAACGACUGAGGCCGAGGCGAUUUGACUUAGCCAGAGGCGAACAGAAAGGCCCUUACAGGCGGAGGGUGCCCAAAUUGAGGAUAUAUCGGAGGACUGGAGUCCCGCAAAGUGCAAAAAGAACUAGAGCAUUGUUAAAGAUAAAUAGAGGACAAAGCGAGGAAGAUGUCGUCUUCAGCGGUUGCAAAGACCUCUAAGUACACGUACCGCUCUACUGGCGGUGCGGGUACUGCCGAUGUUAGCAUCGAAUACAGCGCCGACCUGAGCGCUCUCAGCAGACUCGAGGACAAAAUCCGGCUACUACAGGAUGACCUGGAAUCUGAGAGAGAGCUGCGUCAGAGGAUCGAACGCGAGCGCGCUGAUUUAAGCGUGCAAGUCAUCCAGCUAUCCGAACGUCUCGAAGAGGCUGAGGGUGGCGCCGAAUCUCAAUUUGAGAUCAACAAGAAGAGGGACACGGAAUUGGCCAAGCUGCGUAAACUACUCGAAGAUGUCCAUCUCGAAAGCGAGGAAACCGCACAUCUCUUACGCAAGAAGCAUCAGGAAGUUGUCGUCGAUUUUCAGGAUCAAAUUGACCAGCUUUCGAAAGCGCGUGCCAGAGCUGACAAGGAAAAAUCUAAAUUUCAACAAGAAGUGUACGAGCUCCUCGCUCAACUUGACAAUGUCACUAAAGAAAAGUUGAUGUCAAUGAAAACAGUUGAGAAACUCGAGAUACAUGUAUCUGAAUUAAAUGUCAAAAUUGAGGAAUUGAAUCGUACGAUUGUCGAUAUCACCAGUCAUAAAACUCGGUUAUCUCAAGAGAAUAUUGAGCUAGUCAAAGAAGUACAAGACCUCAAGGUAAACAUCGAAAACAUUACCUAUCUAAAAACGCAAAUUGCUGGUCAACUUGAGGAUGCCCGACGUCGUCUUGAAGAUGAGGAACGUCGUCGUUCAUUGGUCGAAGCUUCUUUGCAUCAGGUCGAAGUGGAAUUGGAAUCUGUUCGCGUUCAACUGGAAGAAGAAUCUGAAGCUCGUUUGGAUAUUGAACGUCAAUUGGUUAAAGCUAAUGGAGAAGUCUCGGUAUGGCGAUCGAAAUACGAAACCGAAGCUAACGCUCGUAUCGAAGAGGUAGAAGAACUUCGUCGUAAAUAUUCUGCUCGCAUUCAAGAACAAGAAGAGCAAAUCGAAACUUUGCUCGUAAAGAUCAACAAUCUUGAAAAGCAGAAAUCGCGCUUGCAAUCUGAAGUGGAGGUUCUGAUCAUUGAUUUAGAAAAGGCCAAUGCAACUGCUCGUGAACUUCAAAAACGUGUUGAACAUUUGGAAAAGAUCAACAUAGAAUUAAAGACUCGCUUGGACGAAACUCUUGCCAUGUACGAACAAAGUCAGCGCGAUCUCCGCAAUAAACAACAGGAAUUGCAACGUGUAAAUGCCGAACUCGACAAGACCCGCGAAAUGAAAGAUCAAUUGGCCCGUGAGAACAAGAAACUUGGAGAUGAUCUUAGUGACGCAAAGAAUCAGUUGGCUGACAUGAAUCGUAGACUCCAUGAACUCGAACUGGAACUUCGCCGAUUGGAGAACGAGCGUGAAGAAUUGGCUGCUGCUUACAAGGAAGCCGAAGCAGGCCGCAAAAUUGAAGAGCAACGUGCUCAAAGAUUGUCAGCCGAAUUGAGCCAAUUGCGUCACGAGUUCGAUCGUCGCAUUGCUGAAAAGGAUGAAGAGAUUGAAAUUAUUCGCAAACAGACCAGUAUUGAAAUCGAGCAGCUGAACGCCCGUGUGGUAGAAGCCGAGACGAAACUGAAGACUGAGGUUCAGCGUAUAAAGAAGAAACUUCAGAUCCAAAUCACUGAGCUCGAAUUGUCCUUGGAUGUCGCCAACAAGAAUAAUAUUGAUCUGCAAAAGACCAUUAAGAAGCAAGCUCUGACUCUGACCGAAUUGCAAGCUCAUUAUGACGAAGUACAACGCCAAUUGCAAGUGACUUUGGAUCAAUUGGGCAUCAGUCAACGCCGUCUCCAAUCACUGACGGCCGAGCUCGAGGAAGUUCGCGGCAAUUACGAAUCUGCUCUUCGUGCGAAGAGGACUGUCGAACAACAAUACGAAGAGUCGGUUAGUCGCAUCAACGAGCUAACUACAAUCAACGUAAAUAUCGCCUCAUCAAAGGCUAAACUAGAGCAAGAACUGGCAACUUUAGCUGGAGAUUACGAAGAGGUCACCAAGGAAUUGAGAGUUAGCGAUGAGAGAUACCAGAGAGUGCAGAAUGAACUCAAGCACACCGUUGAGAUCCUCCAUGAAGAACAGGAGCGUAUUGUCAAGAUAGAGGCUAUCAAGAAAUCGCUGGAGAUUGAAGUGAAGAACUUGUCCGUGAGAUUGGAAGAAGUUGAGGCCAAUGCUAUUGUUGGAGGCAAACGCAUCAUUAGCAAGCUCGAAGCUAGGAUUCGCGACCUGGAACUCGAGCUGGAUGAAGAAAAACGCCGGCACGCCGAGACUGUGAAGAUACUGCGUAAGAAGGAGCGCAACAUUAAGGAGGUAAUGAUUCAAGUGGAAGAGGAUGCGAAGAAUAUUACCCUGCUGCAGGAAUCGCUCGACAAGGCCAGCCAGAAAGUCAGCAUCUACAAGAGGCAGCUGCAGGAGCAGGAAGGCAUGUCCCAACAAAGUGUCACUAGGGUUCGCCGAUUCCAAAGAGAACUCGAGGCCGCAGAAGAUCGCGCCGACACGGCGGAGAGCAACUUGAGCCUGAUACGCGCCAAACACCGCAGCUUUGUUACCACUUCAACUGUGCCCGGUUCCCAGGUAUACCUUGUCCAGGAGACGAGGCAGGACCUGGCUUAAAACAACCAUCGUCAAUAUCAUCUUACCCUUUGUCAUUUCGAACGCCGUGUCGUUGUCUUUACGAAAGUAUGUAUGAUAA